AUGGAAAACGCUGUGUUAGACCACUUUAAAUUGGUUGAUACGUACUUUGACAUACACAAUAUGGACAAUUUGAUUUUCUCAAAUUUUGAUAUGCAAAAUACGGAAUUGAACAUUCGAAAGGUCGAGAAUGUCACCUUUGAAAAUUCAAAAUUUGUCGACGCGAGAAUUUACACCGAAGUCAAAGACAACGAACACAUCGACUUAUUUAAUGUUUACUUCACUCAUACAUACAUCAACGACAAGUAUUAUUAUACAGCUCAUGGAUACUUUUACAUUGAUGCUGAUAAUAAAGUCAUAUAUGGUAAAUAUAACACAAAUGAAGCGAUGAGCGCAUAUUUUGUCACCCGUGUUGUUAUUUGUUGCAUUUAUGCAGCAUCGGUGUAUUAUAAACACGUUAUGAUAAAUAUGUAA